UCUAUCCGUGUAAGUUUGGUGUGUAUAUAGUCAUCUAAUGAAGUGACUGCAAGUAGCUAGAGAAUGUGAAGGUAGAGUUGGUGUAAUCACGUAUUUCGUUAGAAGACAUUGACAAUAUCACAUUUUUUAACAAUGUCGUCAUCCAAAUUACAAAAAAUUUAAAGCCAAUCGAUAAAUAUAGAUAAAUUAAAUCGUCUUCGAUAAAUUCGAAAUAUAGACAACGAGUGUGACGUGACAGUGUAUUUAUUUUAAACAGAGAUUUCAACAGCCUGAAUGAUGACAAUAAUUAAAAACGUUUGGUGGCGAUAAUUACAGCAGCCAUAAGAUCACACAGAUUAUUUUUUUCAUCUGUGUGUUGUAUUAGUUCUACACAACAUAUACGAACACCUUGAAGGUUAUGCGGCAAUUCUUAUCGAUCGAUUUUACUUUCGUGCCUGACCCGCUUACUGUUUAACGUGUAUCCAGAGCACGAAAAUUGACCAAAUAAUUUAUUUGUAUCGUGAACUAAAAAUAUUUUCUUAUAGAAAUCUUUUUAUUUCGUAAAAUAAGAAUUCGAAGAUGGUUUUUGAAUCGAUUGUUGCCGAGCUCCUGAACAAGGUGUUGGGAGAGUAUAUUCAAAAUUUGGAUUGCACGCAAUUAAAACUGAGCUUAUGGGGAGGUGAUGUAGUGUUAAAAGACUUAUUAAUAAAAGAAAGUGCAUUAGAUAUACUGGAUCUACCUAUUCGAUUGGAAUAUGGAAGAUUAGGAAAACUUAUAUUAAAAAUACCAUUCAAAGAUAUGUGGAAUGGACAAAUUGAUGCAAUAGUUGAGGAACUAUUUAUACUUGUAGUACCUUCAAGUCAGGUUGCUUAUGAUGCAGAAAAAGAAGCAAGAAUACAACUUGAAGCAAAACAUGCAGAACUUGCAAGAGUUGAAAAAAAGAAACAAUUAGCAGAUAUCAAAUCACAAGAAAAACUAGAUGAUUCAAUGAUUGAAAAACUCAUUGCCCGUAUGAUAAAAAAUAUUCACAUCGAAAUCAAAAAGAUACAUGUGAGAUAUGAAGAUCAUAUCUCAUACAAAGACCAUCCUUUUUCAGUUGGUUUUACAUUGAGUACAUUUACCUUAGAAAGUUGUACAGAUUCUUGGCAAACAACUGGUAACUUAAAAGAUAUGUAUGCUAUUCCACAAAUUUACAAGUUAUGCACACUAGAUGGUUUGGCAGUGUAUCUCAAUACAACUCUAGAACAGUUUAGUAAUACAAAAUCAAAUUAUUUAAAUUUAUUUCAUAAUGGAAUUGCAACCAUAGAUUAUAAUCCACCUGGUUAUCAAUACUUAUUAGGUCCAAUCAAUGUCAAUGCAAAGUUAAAAUUAAAUCCAAAGCCAGAAACAGAUGGAAGUAACUAUACGAUUCCCAAGGUAUGGUUAGACAUGGAAAUGCAAAAAUUAAGAAUAGGAUUAGCAAGGAAACAAUAUCAAACCAUCGUUCAAUUAGGAGAGGGUUUAGAUCAAGCUCAGAAAGCUGCACCAUUUAGAAAGUAUAGACCAAAUUUAACAUCAUAUAGAGGACAUUAUAAAGAAUGGUGGAAGUUUGCAUAUGUUUGUGUCUUAGAAGAAGAAGUACGUAGAAAACGUAGAAAUUGGGAUUGGAAUCAUAUGAAAGAGCAUCGAGAUAUGUGUCGCUCUUAUGCUGACAGUUAUCAAACAAAAUUAACGACCAAAAAAGUCACACAAGAAAUAGCAGAUCAUCUUACUCAGUGUGAAAGAAGAUUGGACAUUUUUAAUUUAGUCAUUAUUAGGCAAAAGAUAGAAAUGGAAGUAGAGAGAAUGGCUGAAAGAGAAAAAAAUCUAAAAGCGAAACGCGGUUGGUUCGGUUUCUUGUGGUCCAGUACACAGACAGAGGAAACACAAGAAUUGAAUUCUGCAGCUGCUAUAAUGCGGAAAUUCGAGCAGGCAAUGACACCACAAGAGAAAGAAAAGUUAUACAGAGCGAUUGACUAUCAAGAAAAUAGUGCACCAGCUCAUUAUCCCGAAACAUAUGAAAUGAUCGACACACGAUUUCUUUUACACGAGCUACAAAUUAUAAUUUUAGAUACAGAUAAAGAACAUCCUUGUAUUUUGGAUCUUCAACUUCAUAGUGUUGAGGCUGGUUUCAAAUCGAGACCAUCUGCUAAUGCUAUUUUAGUUACAGCAUCAAUUAAUGAGAUGAAAUUAUUAGGAACGAAACAAGAUGAACAUAUUCCUUCACUUUUUAAUUCCCAUCAGCAUGGCGCAGAUAAUGUUUUAAUAUCAGUGUCGUACGAAAAGAAUCCUCUCGAUAAAUUGUGUGGCGAUCGUAUGAUAGUAAAAUCGAAAUCUGUGGAUAUUAUUUAUGAUGCACAGACCGUGAUAGAAAUAGCUAAUUUGUUUAAAGUACAAAAUUCAUCGACUUUGAACAAUCUUCAAGCAGCUGCUGCUGUACAAUUAGAAGGUUUGAAAGAAAUGUCGGCUUUAGGUUUGGAGCAUGCUAUUCAAAAGCAUUCAGUAUUAGACAUACAGGUUAAUAUGCAAGCUUCUCAGUUAAUCAUACCACAUGAUGGAUUUUAUGAUAGUACAAAAUCAUUAUUAGUUGUAAAUCUUGGUAGCUUGCAAAUACAUUCUUUGGAAAAACCAAAGGGCGAUGAUAAGACAAAUGUAUCUGUUAAACAAUUAAUCAGCAUGGGUAAAACUGAAGAAGAUGUGUUAUUGCAUCUUAGAGAACAUAGUUAUGAUAAAUUUGUUUUAAAGAUAGUCGAUUUUCAAGUAUUAGUUUCAUUGCCUGGUGAAGAAUGGCGCACGGUAUUAUCAAAUGUGGAUGAUUCUAUGACAUUAUUACACCCAACAACGCUUGAAAUCCAAUUUCACAAAUGUUUAAUAACGGACGAUCCAUUACUUCCGAAAUUAAGGUUGAUAGGCCAAUUACCAUCAGUUGUUGUUAAUAUAACAGAUAUUCGUUUAUUGCAAGCUCUUUCUAUUGCUCAGAGCAUACCGCAGCCAAAAGAGGAACCAACAGAUCUCCAGAAGUCAUCUAUGAGUAAAUCUGUUUCACAAUUAUCUUUGCUGAAAGAUAUAACUACCACCAUUGCUGAGAAGAAGAAAGAAGAAGAUUCUACUGUAACUUCAGUUAAACAAACGAUUGAUAUGGAAAUGAAAUUUGAAAUGAAAGAAUUUGCAAUACAAGUUUCAUCCCAAAAGGGUAAUGAAAUAAUACCAUUUGUGAAGUUCGAGGUACUACAGUUAGAAGCAGAGAUGUUACAACGGACUUAUGAUCAAGAGAUAUUAUUAAGAUUAGGUGGAGUUCAAGUCAAGCAACAUUACAAUCAAAGAGAAAUAUUUAUGAUAACCACUCCAAUGUUAUCAGGUAGACAUGAAUAUUUGAUAACAGUACAGUAUAUAAAUGUAAAUAAGCGAUCUCCUGAAUUUAAGACGAAAUAUGGAUCUGUUCUUCAAUUAUUAAAAUUAGAAUUUACAACAUUGGAUGUUUUAUUACAUCAAGAAGCUCUUAUAAAUCUUCUUCAAUUUAUAUCAUAUGUGCAGGAUCAAAUGAAUGUCAUAGCAACUAGUAAACUUGAAAAAGAGCCUCGCAUACGUCCACGACCUUCUCAUUUGGUUUCCAUUCAAGAAGAAACUUCUACAUUUUUAAGAGAACAAAUUCAAAAGCAAAAAUUUAGGUCAACGGCACGACGGAGAAGAACAAUGAUGGAGCACGUAGAUCUAAAAGUCCAAGCAAAAGUUGGGACUAUUUGUAUGAAGAUAACUAGUGAUUGUAGAGAAAUUUCUGCAUUUUAUAUCGACGGUAUCACUGCCGGAUUUAUAAUGAAAGCUUCCUAUUCUCAAGCAAAUGUUAAUUUAUCUUCUAUUAGCAUUAAAGAUCUUAACGAAGCGUCAGGUUACAAGGAUAUUGUAUCAGUGACAGAAGAUACUGAAUCCUUGCAAAUCCAAGCUAUAAUGUAUAAUAUUGAGUCGUCAGACAUUGAUAAAAAUAAUAUGUCUAUCACAGUUGUUAUGGGCUGUUAUCGUAUCGUCUUUUUGAAUAUGUUUGUUACUAGUAUAAUGAGUUUUUUAAACAAUUUUCAAACGGCACAACAAGCCAUAAGGGAUGCAUCAGCAGCAGCUGCAGAAGCCGCGAAGACAAAUAUUAAAGACGUUAAAGAAAGCGCGGCACGUAUUGGCCUUGCAGUAAAAAUUAAAGCUCCAGUUAUAUAUGUACCAAUGCAUUCGAAAAGUGAUCAUUGUUUAACACUAGAUAUGGGUAACCUUACUAUAUGUAAUGUUUUUAAGAAGUUAGAAGUUACAAAUGAUGCUGGAGAUUGUCCUAUUGUCGAUGAAAUGAGAAUCGAGCUACAAAAUUUAAAGUUGUCCCGCGUAAGACUAAAUAUGGAGAAGUUCGCGAUUGAAAACGAAAUAUUGCUGUUAGAACCAGUCAGUUUUACAUUACUCAUUAAACGUAAUUUAUCUACUGCCUGGUUUACAUCUAUACCUGAUAUUGACAUGUCGGGUAGACUAAAUAAAAUUAAUAUAUUAAUAAGUAAAGAGGAUUAUGCAACUACAUUGAAAGUAUUAGAAAAAAAUUUAGGUGAAACAGUUGAAGAUACAAAGCUCACGGCAAGUGUUAGUCAAUCCGAAAAGAAACUCGAAGUAGAAGUUUUACAACAUCGACAAAGUGAUAGAUUUGUAAGAGCUACUGCAGAAGAUGCAGAAGAUCCAAACUCGCAAGAGCAAGUACAUACACACACGUCCAUCAAAUUUGAGUUUGUUAUGGACAGUCUUAUGAUUACUUUAUUUACAGGAGGUUCAAAAAUGCUGCAAUCACAAAGUUCUCUGCUUCAUCUACCGGAGAAUGGAUUAGCGAAAUUUUGUUUAACCCAUUUCGCGUUAAAAGGUCGAAUAUUUGCCGAUGGAUUAAUGGCAACUUCAAUUCUUCUUAUGAACUGUACUUUGGACGACAUACGUCAAAAUAGGCAAGGUUCUCUUACAAGAAUCAUGGAAAGAACUACGGCAGUGCCUUCUAUGGAUGAUAUAGAAAAAGAAUCCAAACCUGUUCGCAGUAUGUUAGAUAUGACCAUUAGACAAAGUUCAAAUGACAUGUUUGUUGAUAUUCGAGUCUUUUCAUUUAGUAUUAUUGUGUCACUUGACUAUUUAAUGAAAGUGAAAGAUUUUUUCACUACUGAUGAACCAUCGACAAAUAAAACAGUGCAACCAAAGAAUUAUAACGAAUCAGCAGUUAAAAAGAAACAAACUGUAUCACCAACUAAAAAAAUGUUUACGGUUAAUGUACAUAUUGAGAAACCCGAUAUUAUUUUGUUAGAGGACAUGGAUGACAUAAAUUCCAAUUGUAUCAUAUUAAAUACUGAAUUACUGUUGAAAGUACGUAUAAUGGAUGAACAUCAAGUAAUAGCAGGCACCAUAAAAGAUUUAUCAAUUCUAGCUGGUAUAUAUAAUACCGCGAAGAGAAGUGAUUGGAUAUAUCAGGUGCUAAGACCAUGCAGUGUAAGUGUAGCAGGUUCUACACCAGAAGGAAAAGGACUUCACAUUGAUAUUUGUUGCACAGACAUUCACUUAUCAGUUUCGCCAGGUGUCAUAGAAAUAUUGAAUAAAGUAGUUCAUACUGCCACAAAGACACAAGAGCAAGAUCAGGAAGUUAUUAUUACUGAGCGAAAUUAUGAAGGAUUAUGGGUUGUCACUCCAUUUGAAGAAAAUGAUUUUUGGUUCUUAAAAACAGAAGUAGGAGUAGAGGCCAUAGAAGAUAUUGUAUAUUCUGAUGAUGAAGAUACUACAGUUUAUAAGCCAGAAUUAGCAAUAAUCUCUGCACCAACAAUUUUACUCACAUUAGAAGCAGGCAUUGGUAAUAAAACAUUGCCAAUGCUUCUACUUCAUAUUGGCUUUGAAAGUAACAUUAGUGAUUGGAGUACAAAAACUAUGAACAUGGAGUGUACAAUGUCGGUAAUUAUGGCAUAUUAUAAUAGCUGUCUAGCAUUGUGGGAACCAUUAAUUGAACCAAUAGAGAGGAUCAGAAAUGAAAAGCGGGUUUCUACACCUUGGGAACUAAAAGUUAAAAUUCAAUUUAAUGAUGUAUCACCGGAUUCUAGAGGCGCAAGUGCGGCCAGUCCUACAUCAGAUAGUGAAACAGAAGAAUUACAUCAGAUUCCCAAAAUGUCUAUUGAUAUAAUAUCAACUGAAAAUUUGGAAAUAACUGUGACUAAAACAUGUCUCGAUGUAUUACAACAACUUGGUAAUGCAUUUUCAUCUGCCAUGGAAGCUAGCGGGAAAGGAGCGGCUAAAAGUGUAGCACCAUAUGUUCUUAAGAAUGAAACUGGUUUAGCAAUAGUUUUAGAUUUGGAGCGCAGUCACUUCAAGGUUUUUAAUGAUGGAUCCAAACUUACAAGUAAUAACGCAGAUUCGUAUAUGGAGGUAAUUCUUGAAUCUGGUGCGUCAGUACAGUUAGCUCCGAGGACAACAAAAACUGAGAUACCACUGCUUGAUCAAUUGAAAAUUGAAACAAUCAAAGAAAAAGACGAUGAUAAGUUUAUUAUUUCGUUUAAAGAAAUUAAUAGAACUUUGGCUGUACCUGUGUUAAGAGCUGAUAAAAGAUUCUUUUCACUGAAAUAUCGAAAGGACGGUUCUGAAGAAUGGGGUAUUGUUUCUGAUGUUAUAGUAGAUGAAGGAAGUACUAUUGUUACUCUUAGAAGUAUUCUACAGGUACACAAUCAUUUUAGUCAACCAAUAUCUGUAUAUUAUAUGACUAAACGUGGAAAUGAAGUUGAAUGCGUGGGAACUGUUGCUCCAGAUAGUAAAUUAAAUCUUCCACUAGACACUGUAUAUACACCAACAAAUGUUUAUGGGCUAUUUUUCAGUGUUGAAGGAUAUAUGGUUUCGCUAGAACAAUUUAUUUGGAAAGAUUUACAAAAAACAGUUAGUAUGACAAAGCUGUUAAAAUGCGAAGCUCGAGUGAGGCAAGAAGCUGUAGAACCAUUUUACAUAAAGAUGUUUUUCAUGAUGAUUGUGGUUGGUAGUAUUUUAUAUAAUAACAACACUAUUGGCUUAUUAUUGAAUGCUAUUAACUGGCGAUCCGUAUUCUGUCGUUUCAUUGAUUGCGUCAAGCGUCUUUGCUUGAAAACUUUACCCUCAGAGCACAAAAAAUAUCUGGAAGCACCUAUACAGGUUGUUGGUGAAAUGGAACAAGUUUAUUUUGAGACUACUAGUCGACAUACUAUAGCAAGUACAAUCUAUAAUGUUCAUUUAUACCCAGCUGUAUAUUUGAAGAAUUUUUUGCCUAUCGAUAUUAUUGUAUGUUUACCUGGAAAUGUGCAAGAAAAACUUUUAGAAGCUGGCACAUCUUAUCAGAUUCCUACAAUUGACCCAGGAAAGUCUUAUAUAAUCAUAAAAUUACCAAACUAUUUAGAAAAAGAUUGGUCAUGUAGAGGUGAGAUACUUGCGAAUCCACCAGAAUUUUCUGUAUGGUCUUUUGAAUCUUUUGAUAGUGCACAAAAAGUUAUAAUGGAUUUGGGAAUGCAUACAUCAUACAAACAUGGUUCUAUCAUUAUGGCUUUAUAUUGUCCAUUUUGGAUGUUAAAUAAAACAGGCUUGAUGUUAUCUUAUCGGAAAUCAAGUAAGGGUGGCAAAGAACACUCAAGUCCAAUCAAGAGUGGAGAAGAUUAUCUAAAUGUGCUUUAUCAUCCAGAGAAUUUUAAGGGACCAAUAUUGUUCUCAUUUCGCUCCAAAGUAUUCUUUGGUAAAAAGAAAGCAAUGAUCAGGGUCGAGAAUGGUGAAUGGUCAGAUAAAUUUCCAAUAGAUGUUGCAGGAAGUGAGGGAGUAGUCAUUUGUAAAUAUAAUGGCCAAAUAUAUCAAAUUGGAGUUCACAAUCAAUUGACUUAUAAUUCUUUGACAAAACAAAUUACAUUUACUCCAUAUUAUGUACUGAUAAAUAACUCUGAUUAUCUCAUUGAAUGCCAAGAAGGUAAUAGGCCAGCUGAUCCUAUGAUCAAGGUACCUGCCAGAGAAUGUGCAGCUUAUUGGCCUCGUUCUGAUCAUGAACAGAAAACUCUAAGUGCUAGAAUCGCAGGCAACCCUGAAAAAACUGCACCAUUUAUUUACACAGAGAACCAUACGACUUUGUUAAAAUUAAAUAAUAAGUAUGGAGGAAUUAAUGUAGAUAUACAAAUAAGCGAAGGUGGAGUCUACAUUUCUUUAUCUGCAUACACUCAUGGAAAUGCCCCAGCUUUAAUUAUUAAUCACACUCCACAUACAAUCAAUUUCUGGGAAAAAGGUUCACUAAAUGUCAGAUCUGUACAGUCAUACAAUAGAAUGUUUUACACUUGGGAAAAUCCUGCAGGUCCGCGGAAAUUAGUUUGGGAAGACAACAAUAAAAAAGAAAUUGAAGAAACUCUUCGAAAAGACACUUUAGGAGGUUUUCAAUUGCCAGAUCUAGAAGAAGAAGUAUACUAUGUAUCAUUUUUGGAUGGUACACAACGAGUGCUUCUAUUUACAACAAAUAUGAAAGUUGCAGAAGAUUGUGAACUAGCAGGUGAUUUUGAACCUAUAGAACAGGAAAUAACAAUAAGUAUUCACGGAGUUGGCUUCUCACUCGUUAACAAUAUCAUGAGAACUGAAUUGUUAUAUUUGUGUAUAGCUAGUUCUGGAAUUAUGUGGGAAACGCGCAAAUCUGUUAACCAUCGUUGGCGCAAUCUUGACACAAGAGAGGUAAUAGUUAUAGAAGAAGGCUAUCAAAAAUAUAUACGUGAAUUACAAAUGGACAAAAGUCCAGUACAAAAAGUAAUACUUGAACCAAAAUUAGAGGUUGAUUAUUUAAAUAUGGAAAUGUUAAAACCACAUCGUCGUUGUCUACGACGCACUUUUCAAACUGGUUUAUGGUUGCAAUACCGUACUUCAGUGCAUCAAGUGCAGUUACAUGCAAAGAUCAACAGACUGCAAAUUGAUAAUCAACUUACAGACUGUGUUUUCCCAGUUAUAUUAGCUCCAGUCCCGCCACCAAAGAGUGUUACAGCGAGCACAGUUAUGAAACCAUUCGCUGAACUUAGUAUGGUUAAACGACUACUUGAACAUAGUAAUGUACAACAAUUUCGGUACUUUAAGGUUCUUAUACAAGAGUUUCAUGUGAAAGUAGAUAUUGUAUUUAUUAACGCGAUCGUGGGAUUGUUUGAAGCAAAUGAAAUGAACGAUGCAGAAGAAAGUAAAUUAUUUAAAUUGGACAUGAAACUCGUUGAUGAACCUCUGAUGUAUCACGUUAGUUUGAUUACUACAGCCGAACAGAAGAAUUUCUUUGAUCUACUUCACUUUUCUCCCUUGAAGAUUCAUAUAAGUUUCUCAAUGAGCGGUAGUGGUAGCGGGCCAUCUGCACUACCUCAAGUAUUAAAUGUAUUGUUACAAGGAAUAGGUGUUACGUUAACUGACAUUAAUGAUAUUGUCUUCAAAUUAGCAUAUUUCGAAAGAGAGUACAUUUUUAUGACCAAUAAACAGCUUAUUUCCGAAGCAACAACGCAUUAUGUAGGACAAGCAAUUAAACAAGUUUAUGUUCUUGUUCUGGGACUCGAUGUAAUAGGCAAUCCGUAUGGCCUAGUGGUAGGUACUAUGAAGGGCAUUGAAGAUUUGUUUUAUGAACCUUUCCAAGGUGCCAUACAAGGGCCCGGAGAAUUUGCAGAAGGUUUGCUUCUUGGUAUGAGGAGUAUGUUAGGUCACACUGUUGGAGGAAUGGCUGGAGCUGUUUCUAAAAUUACUGGAGCUAUGGGUAAAGGUAUAGCUGCCUUAACGUUUGACAAAGACUAUCAGAGAAAACGACAAGAACAGCUUAACAAACAGCCAGCCAACUUGCAAGAAGGUCUUGCUCGUAGUGGAAAAGGUUUGAUAAUGGGUGUUGUUGAUGGUGUAACUGGUGUUGUGAUGAAGCCCAUAUCGGGUGCCAAAGAAGAAGGUGUGGAAGGAUUCUUUAAAGGAUUUGGGAAAGGCAUGGUUGGUCUUGUUACUCGACCAACUGCUGGAGUUAUAGAUUUCGCUAGUGGUUCAUUUGGAGCAGUGAAACGAGCAACUGAGUUGAAUGAAGAAGUAAAGAAAGUAAGACCAUCUAGAUUUUUACAACUAGACUGCUUGGUUAGACCAUAUGUCAGAGAUGAAGCUGAGGGACAUAAAAUCUUAUGUGAAUUAGAAAAAGGAAAAUAUGCGAAUACUGAUAUCUAUUUUUAUCACAUGUACAUUAACAAAGAUGUAUUAUUGCUUACUGAUAAGAGAAUAGCAUACUUAGAGCAUAGUGAUUUAUUUGGUGGAUGGCGGGUGCAUUGGACCCACGCGUGGCAAGAGAUGAGCGAACAACCGAAAAUAGUUGAUAAGGGAGUACAGAUAUUUAUCAAAGAUUCCAGUAAGAAGAAGAAAUUAGGAUUAUUUGGUAGUACAGAUCAAUCAAAAAUAAUUUUAAUACCUGAUUAUAAUAUUAGACAGCUUCUAUGCGAUAAAAUGCAACAACAAAUUAAUCAGUACGAGUUGUAAUACCAGAAAAUCAAAAUAGAUAAUACACGCAAAUAUAAUUUAACAUUUGAAUAUAGUUAAUUGAAUUGAUAGCGUCUGGCUAUCAUCUAGCAUCAUAAAUUUCUAUUCGCUUUCGAAGCUGAAUUUCAUAAAUUCUAUAUAUACACAUAUGUAUAUUAUAACACAGUUUUCUACAAAUAUUAUUCAUAAGACUGAUACUUGAUCAGAAUCAACAAAAAGUAGAGAAGAAUCAGUAUGUAUGUAUAGUUUUAUAUUUAUUACGCUUUGAAUAUUCUGGGUUUAAAUUUAUUAUAUUUUAUACGAUUUAACACUGUUUUUAUCACAAAACGUGCCAGUUUCUAAUUCCAUAAAUUGUUAUAAUGUUAGUAAAAGUCACAAAACGCUUUUAAUGCUUUUAAUUAAUCUAUAUAACCUUAUCGACACGUUUUUUGAUAUUAUACAAAAUAAUUAUUAUAGUCUUUAUUAUCGUUAAAAGUUCUUAAUCACAUUAUCGUGUUAUAAUUUCGCUUCAAGGUAUAUUAUGGUAUGUAAAACAAAGUUGAAAUACGCAUGGAAAUAGUUGAAAACCUAAACAAAUAUUUUUUAUCUUAUUAAUUUGAAACAUAAUGUUUUUAUAAGGUACAAGAUAUAUUUUAAGCUCAUACUUAAAUACCUGAUUAAUUUUAUGUAAAAAGUUAUAUAUGCAAAAAUCAAUAUAGAGACAUGUCAUAGUUUUAUAGCACUUUAAAAAAAAUAACUUGAAUAUUGAUGCUUUAUGUCUUAAAAUAUUUCUUGUUAAUGUAAUAUACUUGAUAUUCUAAAAAAUCGCCAUCAUAUGACAAUAUAAUAUUUAUUAUCGCUUAAUAAUAAGUUUAAUAAUUAUUUACUAUAUACACAUACACGUAUAAACAAAAAUUCAAACGCACAUCCUAUGUUCAGUAACUUCUGUACCUGUAUAACUGUGUUGUUAUUAUAUAUAUAUAGACAUACAGGAUGUUUCUAAAGCUGCCGCAUAAUUUUCUAAAAUAUAUACAAAAAUAUAUUUCCGUUUUUAAAAUGUAUAUUCUUAAAAUUUUAUAUGCACGUAGAAGUCAACUACUUUUCAUAUAAAACAUUAAUGUUUAUAUCAUUUUUUAUUUGAAUUAUACUUCGUAUGAAACUAUUACUCAUUUAAUCAAUUAUAUGUUUAAAUUCAAAUCAUUACAUAUUCUUAGAAACACUCUGUAUGUUCAUGGAUAGUGCAUAGCUUUUAUUACAAGAUUGUUCAGUUAAAUGCAUAGUGGAAGAAAAUGAAAAAAAAGAAAAAGAAAUCCAAAGUCAGUACACCAUACCUUUUACAGCUUAUGAUAGAUAUAAGAUAUGUAUAUGUUACUGUAUAAUUAUGACUAAGUUUAACGUGAUCUAAUUAGAUUAUGUUAUUGUUAAAGAAAGAUAUAUCUGUAUUGUUAUAUAUUACUUGUAUAAACAAACUGUAUUCACAGGAAAAUUAAAAUAACUUUUGCUUUCUA